AUGGCGCCGUGGCUGCAGCUGUGCUCCGUCUUCUUCACGGUCAACGCCUGCCUCAACGGCUCGCGCCUCGCGCUGGCGGCGGGCGGCCCGGGCCGGGCGCGGGGCGCGGACACCUGCGGAUGGCGGGGCGUGGGGUCUGCCAGCAGAAACAGUGGGCUGUACAACGUCACCUUCAGAUAUGACAACUGCACCACCUACUUGAAUCCGGUGGGAAAGCAUGUGAUUGCCGAUGCCCAGAAUAUCACCAUCAGCCAGUACUCGUGCCACGACCAAGUGGCCGUCACCAUUCUUUGGUCCCCAGGGGUUCUUGGCAUCGAAUUCUUAAAAGGAUUCCGGGUGAUUCUGGAGGAGCUGAAGUCGGAGGGAAGACAGUGCCAGCAGCUGAUUCUCAAGGACCCGAAGCAGCUCAACAGUAGCUUCAAAAGAACCGGCAUGGAGUCGCAGCCUUUCCUGAAUAUGAAAUUCGAGACGGACUACUUUGUGAAGAUAGUCCCUUUUCCUUCCCUUAAGAAUGAGAGCAAUUAUCACCCCUUCUUCUUCAGGACCCGGGCCUGCCACCUGCUGUUACAGCCGGACAACCUGGCCUGCAAGCCCUUCUGGAAGCCCCGGAACCUGAACGUCACCCAGCACGGCCCUGACAUGCAGGUGACCUUUGACCAUGCGCCUCACAGCUUCGGCUUUCGUGUGUUCUACUUGCAUUACAAGCUCAAGCACGAAGGACUCUUCCGGCGCAAGACCUGCAAGCAGGAGCAAAAUUCAGAGACCACUAGCUGCCUUCUUCAAAAUGUUUCUCCAGGGGAUUAUAUAAUUGAGCUGGUAGAUGAAGCUAACACCACGAGAAAAGUGAUGCAUUAUGCCUUAAAGCCAGUGCAUUCCCCGUGGGCAGGACCCAUCCGAGCCGGUGCCAUCACGGUGCCCCUGGUGGUCGUAUCCGCCUUCGCCACGCUCUUCACCGUGAUGUGUCGCAAAAAGCAGCAAGAAAAUAUAUAUUCACACUUAGAUGAAGAGAGCUCCGAGUCCUCCACCUACACCACGGCACUGCCCCGGGAGCGGCUGCACCCUCGCCCCAAGGUUUUCCUCUGCUACUCCAGCAAAGACGGCCAGAACCACCUCAACGUCGUCCAGUGCUUCGCCGCCUUCCUGCAGGACUUCUGUGGCUGUGAGGUGGCUCUAGACCUGUGGGAAGACUUCAACCUCUGCAGAGAGGGGCCCCGGGAGUGGGUCGCCCGGAAGAUCCACGAGUCGCAGUUCAUCAUCGUGGUGUGCUCCAAGGGCCUGAAGUACUUCAUGGACAAGAAGAACCACAAGCACCGGGGCGGUGGCCGAGGCCCAGGGUCCGGGGAGCUCUUCCAGGUGGCCGUGGCGGCCGUGGCCGAGAAGCUGCGCCUGGCCCAGCAGGGCCCCCCGGCCGCGCUCAGCAAGUUCAUCGCCGUCUACUUCGACUACUCCUGCGAGGGGGACAUUCCCGGCGCGCUGGACCGCAGCACCAAGUACAAGCUCAUGGACCACCUGCCCCAGCUCUGCGCCCACCUGCACACCCGAGGCCGCCUCCUGCAGGAGCCCGGCCAGUGCCCGGGACACGCCGGCCGGAGGAACUAUUUCCGCAGCAAGGCCGGCCGGGCCCUGUACGUGGCCAUUUGCAACAUGCACCAGUUCCUGGACGAGGAGCCCGACUGGUUCGAGAAGCAGUUCCUCCCCUGCCACCCGCCGCCGGCCCGCGCCCGGGCGCCCGGCCUGGAGAAGUUCGACUCGGGCUUGGUGCUGAACGACGUCGCCUGCAAGGCCGGGCCCGAGAGCGACUGCUGCCCCAAGGCCGAGACGCCUGUCCCCGGGGUGCAGGCCGAGGGCGGCCACCCCCAGGGUCAGCAGGUCGGCCCGGACCACGAGCCAGAGGCCCGGCCGAGCCCCGAGGCCAGCGGCUCCAGCCUGCAGCCCCUGCUGCACCCGGCCAAAGCUGCAGGGCCCGCAGACAUGCCAAGGGACUCGGGCAUCUACGACUCCUCUGUGCCGUCCUCCGAACUGUCCUUGCCCCUGCUGGAAGGGCUCUUCACGGACCAGACGGAGACGUCCUCCCUGACAGAGAGCGUGUCGUCCUCCUCCGGCCUGGGUGAGGAAGACCCUCCUGCUCCGCCAUUGAAGCUCCUUGUCUCCGGGGUUUGCCCAGCAGAACAUGGCUGCCGCAGCUGCCCUGGCGAGCUCUGUGCAGUGGCCCCUUUGUAACGCCGCCGGCACGCCUAAGCAUUGCCACUUUAGCCACCGCCUCUCCUCUUCCCAGGUCUUCUGUCUCGGGGUGCGUGAGCCCCUCUGGAAGCCGAGGCCUCCCCCACAUGAGGCCUUUUGCAGCGAAACUCAGGCCAGGACUUGCUCCCCCGGCCCCAGCCAGAUGAGCGGAUCAGCAGCUGCCUCGUGCAAGUCUCUCGGUUGUCCCAAACCACACGGAACCCUGAAAGGCACGUCCAGGGGGUCUUGACAGCAACUUGCCCCUUAGGUCAGUCCUUGGAGGAGAUCCAGCCUGACAUGUGGGCAGAGGAAGUAGGUCAUGGGGUGUGGCCAAGUAGCCAUCACAGAGGGUUCCAGGUUUAAUUUAUCUCCAUGAACUUGGCCUGUGUGGCUUUUCUGAUCCGAAGAGCUUUGAGGAAGAUGCGUUCCGAGUGCCAGAGAGAGAGCAUCCGUCUUUGUGGAACCCUGGUCCUCUCGGGUGAGGUUCCUCAGGGUGGUUUUCAGUUGAGGACACUGUGAUGAUCUGAGGCUGAAGGAACAGCUCCAGGGUCAAGUCGCCUUCUGUGAAAUGAUCUUGACCUCUCAGUGAGCUGCUUUUCUGGCUGAGGUGCGAGCCAGGCCGACUUGUUAGAUAUUUCUUUGAGAUGAAUUGGUCAUACUGCAGACGUGUGAGCCCUGCCCCUCGGGUUUCCUUGUGCGCCAGGCUGGGUUCCCAUAGGGGCCAGCCCAGCUGCCUGCUAUUCCAGGGGUGCCAUUUGCUGCCUUACCUCGGAUGCUUGUGUUCCUGGAAGCUAAAUUUUUGCUUUUAUUUUGGGGUCACACCCGGCGGCCCUCAGGGGUCACGUCAGGCUUUGUGCUCAGAAAUUGCUCCUGGCAGGCUUGGGAGACCAUAUGGGAUGCCGGGAAUCAAACCCGGGAUCGUCUCGGGUCAGCCUCGUGCAAGGCCAACGCCCUACCACCGUGCUAUAAU